CUGUCUUCGGUCUGCACUUUGCAGUCUGCUAGUCGCCUCGCGUGUUGUCGGUUAGUAGUGGCAGGUGAUAAUUAUCUGGUUAUAUUUAUUUAAUUCGCAAUUUAAUGUAAUAAUUCUAUUCGGUUUUGAACAACCAUGAGAUAUACGUUUCAAAUUGGGUAAUCAUGAGGGUAUACUGGUAACCCGGAGACGUGAAUCAUCUAUCAUGUUAUUUAUCUUACAUGCAACAAGACAUUGCCGAAACUUGAAAUGUCUACCAGUAUCAAAGAUACUGACCACGACGUAUUCCACGGGAACAGCAAAAGCAACAGUGGCAACAUCUACAACAGAAAGAGAAGGACCAUGUUUAACCAUGGGCAAGACUUCUUCAAAUGGCAAGGAUGCAAUGAAUGUUUACUUGACAGCAAAUGCACCCAUCCAGCCAUUUCCAGUUGACAAUAAGCUACCAGCGUUUGGGAAUACUCAUAUCAACGAAUCUGUCAGGUUAACUAAAAAAGCAACACAGGAACCUGAUUGGAGGCAUAUCCAAAUAGAUACCUCAAAACUCUUGACGCAUUGUUUAAUGCUUUCUAAGAUAAGAUUGACUUCUUUAGUAGUGAUCACAACAAUGGGAGGAUACGCCUUGGCGCCGGGAGCCUUUGAGAUCCAAACGUUCAUUCUGUGUUCCUUGGGAACAGGACUUGUGUCUGCGACCGCUAAUUCGAUUAAUCAAUUUUUUGAAGUGCCAUUCGAUGCUCAAAUGUCUCGCACCAAGAACAGAGUCUUAGUUCGUAGCCACCUUACGCCAGCUCAUGCGAUAGCAUUUGCAGCCACAACUGGCAUUGCAGGCUUAACUACAUUGUACUUAGGAGUUAACGGAUUAACAGCGGCAUUAGGUGCUACUAAUCUGAUCCUCUAUACCCUUAUCUAUACACCAAUGAAACGCGUCAGUAUUCUCAAUACCUGGGUUGGAUCUAUUGUCGGAGCAAUCCCACCGUUGAUGGGAUGGGCAGGAUGUGCUGGAGACAUAAUGGCUCCUGGUGCUUGGAUCAUGUCUGGAAUGCUGUAUGCCUGGCAAUUUCCACAUUUCAAUGCCUUAUCAUGGAACUUGAGGCCCGAUUACUCCCGUGCAGGGUAUAGAAUGAUGGCUGUUACCAAUCCAGGCUUAUGUCGCAGAGUUGCAUUACGAUAUACAGCUGCCAUUUUAGGUCUAUCAUACCUAGCUCCGGCUUUAGACGUUACCAACUGGUGGUUUGCUUUGGAAUCAACACCAUUAAAUGGAUAUUUUUUAUACUUGGCUUGGGAGUUUAACAAACAAUCUGACAGCGCGAGCUCCCGCAAGUUAUUUCGGUUUUCCUUGAUUCACCUCCCAGUACUAAUGUUACUGAUGCUUCUGAACAAAAAAUCAUUGAGUAAUGAGGUAGACAACCCGAAUUCGGCACCAUCUGACACAGCAAUCAAGCGAGAAAGUCAUUUCUCUAUCUUCCCUAAAUCCCCAAUGCUGGAGACUUCUACGGCGUAGCAAAGUAUUCAAUUAGAAACUUGAAAUGUGUAAUUUUAUGAGCGAUAGUACAAAAGCUUACAAUUUGUAACAUAACGACAAGUAUUUCAAUCACAGCACUGUAAUAUAUUGUCAUGUAAAUAUACCAGAAAUUAUUAUUA